AUGGAGAAUUUCUUGAAGUCUAAAGAGUACUGGCACGUCGUUGAAACUGGUGUAGCAACACCUAUGGAUGGAGAGGGGCUCACAAACACGCAACAAAAGGAGUUGGAGGAACUGAAACUAAAGGAUUUAAAGGCAAAGAAUUAUUUAUUCCAGGCCAUUGGUCGUGCUAUCAUGGAGACUAUUCUUCACAAAGAAACAUCAAAAGAUAUUGGGGAUUCAAUGAAGAAAAAAUAUCAAAGCCCCUCUAGAACAAAGCGUGCACAGCUUCAAGCCUUAAGAAAGGAAUUCGAGAUUUUGCAGAUGAAGGACGAUGAAUCUGUAACCAGCUUUUUUGUAAAGACCAUGGUUAUGGCAAAUAAAAUGUGUUUCCAUAGUGAAAAGAUGGAAGAUGUUGUCAUUGUUAAGAAGAUAUUACGAUCCAUGGCGUCCAAGUUUAAUUAUGUUAUUUGUUCAAUUACAGAUUCCAAAGAUGCAGACACACUCUCUCUUGAUAAACUCCAAAGUUCUUUGCUAAUUCAUGAACAAAAUAUGAACAGAGAUUCAUUUACGGAGGAGCAAGCGUUAACGGUUUCUACCUCAGUUUCUUCUUCAAAUUCUAAAGGAAGAGGUAGAGGAAGAGGCAGGGGUCGUGGUACAAGCAAAGGAAGAGGAGACCAAAGCAACAACAAUGGCAGUGCUGAUCAGUCUCAAGGAAGAGGCAGAGGACGAGAUCAACAAUUCGAUAAAUUCAAGAUUAAGUGCUUUUGA